UUAAUUUUGAAUAAAAAAGUCUAGGACAAGCAGUCUCCAAACUCCAUUUCAGAUGAUGAUAGACAAGAGUAAGAAGCUACUUUCCAUCUCAGAACAGAGUUACAAUAAAACAGUGGAGAGGUCACUGAACAUAUAGCUGAGAAAACUGGGGUUCAAAUCUUGUCUUAUUAUCUUUUCUGGGGCUCAGUUUCCUCACCUAUAAAAAUUAAGGGGUUGGACUCAAAUGGCCUGUAAGGUACCUUCUGUCUUUGUAUAUUAUGAAUGCUUGCAUCAUUUUUACCAUGGAAACAUCAUUUUUAAAAUUAGAAACGGCCUUGAGACUCUUUCCUAGGAAAGGAAGAAUUGGGCAUUUGUACUGCUUCCUUCUUCUUGAUAAAACUUCGGUUGAUGAGUGAUUGGAGUCUCUUAUGUUUACAGGGCGAUGAUGACCUGAUGACCGUGUGCAUUGGUGAGAUCUUCCUGGAGUAUGUCAACAUGUUGCCUGCUUUCCAGACUUACUGUCUUCAGCAGGCAUCCUCCAUAAGCACUCUCAGCACCCUGGAGAAGGAAAAGGAGCUACUUCGGAUUUUCCUCCAUGCUUCACAGACUAACAACACGGCACUGAGGCGGAUGAACCUGCACUCAUUCCUAAUGGCCCCAUUGCAACGUAUCACCAAAUAUCCACUUUUGUUGAGCCGAAUCACACAGGCCACAGCUACCUUCCACCCUGACUACAGCUGCCUCUGCGAGGCCACGAGUCGCUUAGCCUCUUACUUGGAACACAUCAAUAGGAAGACAAAACAGGAGGGCAGCUUGCUCCGGCGCCCCUUCCGCCAGAAUAUCGGGCACCUUCAUGAGCCAGUAGCUGCCAUUGAUCGACGGGAGCUGGCGCUGAAGACACUAGGCUGGCUAUGGGAGGAGACGCGUUUUGUAAUGGAAGGAGGACUGCAAAUGGCUCAGCCCCCCGACGGCCCCUGGACUAGAAAGGGCAGUAGAACCCUGAAGUUCCACGCUCUGCAGGGGAUACUAAUGGCUAAACUACAGAGACCAGCUGAAAGUGGCUCAAGGCACGGGGGCCCAGCUCAGGGGCCGGUGGGAGAUGCUGCCUUAGUGCUAAUCCGGGAUAAGAAUUAUGGUAAACUGAGCUUGUUGAGAAGCCCGAUUAAGCUGGGCCGGUGUGUGGUGUCAGCUGAUCCUAUCUGCAAGACCUUUGAGCUGCUGGAGAUAGAGCAGGGCGCCUUUAUCCUGCGGGAUGAUGACUAUGCCCAUACUCAGCUUUGGCUCCAUCACAUCCGUGGGUACGCCCGGCAGCUGGGAUCCUGGAAGAGGCGGCGCAAUGCCCUGCCCAACAUCAUGAUCAGUAUUACCAGCCAUCCUUGAGCCGAGGGGUAUCCCUAAUUAGGGUAAAAAGGGAUGAAAAAAACAAAAAACAUGAUUUCAAUUGCAUCAGAUCCCUAAAAUGGUCUUUCUAGGAAGGAUCUAGGUGUGUGCUAAGGACCCUACUCUCCUUUCUUAGCUAGGGACCCUAAUUCCCUCAGUUGGAGAAUACCUAUUUUUCUUGGUGAGACUAAAGAACUCAUUCCUUCUGGUCUGACUGGCAACCAAGGUUAACAGAACAGAGAAGCCAAAUCGAUAGCCCUACCAAGUUUUUGAGAGCUGAAGUAAGGCCCUAUUCAGGCAGGGAUCAUGCAGAUAAUAAUCAGGAAACAGAUUCUAUGUCUUUCUCCAAAUCCUUAGAACCAAAGGGUUCUUCUUCUUUUUUUUUUUUUUUAAACUAGAUCAGACUAUUUUGGAACCAUGUUAAUCCAUGCUCCUCUUAACCAAACAUACAGAGGGACUACUACUUUGCCAAGUGCCUUUAAUCCAUGGGGAUUUCUGGAUUAUGGUGGAGGAGAGGAGCUGGCUAUUUUGUUGUGAUAAUAGGGAAGGAGGAAAAGUAAAAUACCUGAAAAAGGCAGUCAGGAGGAGUACUAUAGAGAAAAGGAGAGGGGGGAAGGGGAAGAAGGCAU